UACUCGUAGGUCAUCCUUGGGACUAUAUAGGUAUCUCUGUUGGAGCGGAACAUGUGCUGCCUCCUUUGAUGCAAUGCAAGCUAUUUUUCAAAUUAGCAGCCAUUAAGAACUGAAAACCACCUCCAAAUUCAAUCCAUGCAGAGGCUGGGGGGGGGGUGGCAUCUCAUAAUAGCUCCUGUGGUUUGCCCGCAUAUUCUUUUGCUGCAGCACAUAUGAGGCAACUAGGUACGUAUCCCUUCAAGUCAGCAACUACCACACCAAGGACAUAUAUAUGGUAUAAGAGCUGCUUGAGCAAGGGGUUGGACUAAAAGGCUUCCACCUCUAUUCUGAUUGAUUGACUGCCAGCGCAUGAGGAAGGCUGCUUGUGAAAGGGCAUCUUUCCUGGGGGGGAGGAAAUGCUGCUCCUGUCUAUCAUAUGGGCUUCUCUUCUCCUGGGAGGGGCAAGUAGCCAUGGGGACAGCGGCUGACAUGGCUGGAGAACCUUACUAGGCAAAGGACAGGGCUGGACACAGGUUUCUUGUGUGCAGAGUUGGGGGCUGUGUGCCCCCUCCAUUCACAGUCUGGAAAGCAUAUAAUCCAGGAAGGCAGGAAGCUAACAUUCCAUGGUUGCGUGGCGUUCUGCUCCCCUGUGGCAGUAAGACAUUCCUUUGGGAGGCUAGCAUCUUGCUAUUUAGGGUGCUGAUUUUUCCAGGUUGAGGGUGGGGCACUUGGUUGAGGGGGUGCUCUAUAAUUUGAUGCCUGCCUUUACCCCAAGGCCCAGAAUUUGGGUCCACCUAGUUAGGAAGCCUUCCUGUCUUGCAGUGUCCUGAAAGGUUCCCUGGUUGUGAACAAGGUUCCCCAAAUGGACUGCAGAGCAUAUCUGACAGAGGCAGGGGCUGUUGCUGAAUCGGGCCCAGUUUUAUUAGCAAGGGGUGAACCAGCUCUUUGAAGAGGAGUUGCCUCGUUGCUUCACAGGCAGCCUCCUUUGCUCCAGAGGAGUUUGGCCAAAAGAGUAUUUCAAGGAGGCUCCCCUGAGCUUGCAAAUAUGACCAGAACCAAGUUCCGUUCUGAGUGACAGUCAGUGGCAAAGGAACUGUUCUUGCCUCUUCCUCUGGUUGAAAAGGAAGUGUUGCUGUCAAGGCAGAAUUGUGAGGAAAUGGCAGCACAGUAACGGGGGUCUGCUCCUUGCUGCACUCUCUAAAACGGGUCUCCAACCUUGGCAACUUUAAGACUUGUGUACUUCAAGUCCCAGAAUUCCUCAGCCAGCUUUGCUGAGGAAUUCUGUUAGCUCUCUAGCCCUCUAUGGUUAGCCCAGUUAGCCCUCUACGGUCCUAAGGUUCUGGUAGCCCUCCAGACCCAGGAGUUUUUCCUUCAGCAAUCCAGAGUGUAGCCUUUUCCACUGUUCUCUGGCAUCCCCUUGAAAAGCCAGAUAUGCUUCUUUCCUCUCAAGGCUGCUGCAUUCACUACUGAGUCUUCCAUGACACUUAAGAAACUGCCUGUCAAGGUUCCAACACGAACCCAAACAAGCAAGCACUGUUGAGAUGAUCCAAUCUCUUUAUGCAAAACUUUACUGAGUACAUCAUUUCAGCACACUAUGAGUGCAAAAGCAGCUCUGGGUAAUUCCCGAGCAGUUUAGUAUAAUUGAAAUAUAGAAUCUUCCUUCCCCCCAUUAGUGCAGGUCACAUUGUCCAAUUAGAUGUCAUCCAAUCCCUCCCUCCCUCCCCCACCCCCCAAUCUGUUAGCAAACUGAAGUAAUCAAAACGAGAGUAGCCCGAAUACACUUUAAAGCUUGACGGUGCAGUGCAGUGUGAAGCAGCUGCCAAAGCCCCACCGGAAGCCCCAGGGGUGGAGUUCUCAGCAGGGAGGAUGCUGUGCCAGCCAGCAGGUCUGCAUCUCUGUGCAAAGGAGCAGAGGCACGUGCGGAAGAAGGUAAGGGCCGUGGGCUGCUGCAGGGGGCGGGCAGCAUCCCCUGGGACAUUUCUGAUUCAGAAGGAAGGGGAUUAAAAUUUGCUUUGGGUCUGGAGAGUGGGCUUGGCACACUCAAGGCUAAGUAGCUCUGGAGAACGAGGGACUGGCGGUGUGGGAGCCCUGGUCCAGGGUUGGGGGAGAAGCCGUUCUAGGAAGGGUGGAGUUGAGAAAUGGGUGAGAUCAGACUAGAAACUGCAGAGGAUCUGCCCCCCCCACACACACACACCCGCAUCCCACUGGGCAGGAACUCUGCUUCAGCCCUCCUGCUGCUGCCUGGGUGACGAGGGGAACCCUCUGGAAUUGCAGUACUGUGACUGAUGAUGGAGGGAAGGCUGGCUCUAAUCCUUUUGAAGAUUCCCCCAAAAGGUUGGACAAGAGGCCUGGCUUACGUUGACUUCCAUCUGUUGCCUGAGCACCCUAUGGGGAGCAGCAGUUCUCCAAGCAGUGGAUUUCCCCAAUUGCUUUAUUAAAUCAUUUUGAUCUGAAGUGGUCCCUAAGGAACACAGAGGCCAAACCUAUGGAGAACAAAAAACUUUUUUAGCCAAAAAUGAUUGAGAAGGGACCAAGUUCUAGCAUCCACUGAACUCAAACCCAUUUCCAAACAUAAUGGAACAUUCUUAAUAUCUUUUGAGACUGCAAAAACUGCUCUAAUAAACUUAGUUUGAGGAAUUUCAAAAACAGUAGAAUUGGCAAGAGUAGAUUUUGAGUAUUGUGGUUAAGAAAACCCUACAGGCUGCAGGGACAGAAUCGGCAACCUUUUAAUGAAAAAAAUAUGCUGUGCAACGCUAGCCUGGCAGCAAGAGGUGUGGAAAGGCGCUCCAAGGUGUGAGCCAGGGGUGAAAUCUAAAAAUUUUCCCUACCGGUUCUGUGGGCGUGGCUUGGUGGUCAGAUGACUGGGUGGGCAUGGCCAAUAACAAUAAAUAAUAAAAAUAAUAAACAAAGUAUAAAAAACAAUAAGAGGUACCAAAAACCAACUUUCACACUUUACACACACACAACACAACACAACUGACUCACACACAAUGUAAAAGCAGCUGCACUUCACACUUCACAGCCACAAAAAGCUCAAAAACCAAUUUUCACACUUUACACACACACAACUGACACACACACACUCACACAAAAUGCCACAUACAGCUUUCUGAGAUUUAGUGUGUUUGUGUAGUUAGAGUGAAACACUACAGAAACACACCAAAUCUCAGAAAGCUGUACAAAUAUUUUAUUUUAUUAUUUUAUUUUAUUGUGGACUUCAGUUCCCAAAGUUCCUCAGCCAGCAAAGCCAGCCACCCAGUAUUAGUUGAUCCCUGAGGAAAUAGAUUAGCUAAGCAAUUGAUUCUGUCUGGCUGAAAGUGAAACUGGGGCUUUCCGGCUGGAAAAAAAGGCAUGCAUUCAUCAGUAAUCAGGUAAGUGCCUUAGAAUCUCUACUCUUACUUGUAGAAAACAUGUUUUCUACAAAUAAGAGUACAAGUAAGGUUCUGCUGAUGAGGAGACUUUAAUUUUUUUUUUUUAAGUUUAAAGGCUCUACUGAUCUCAGCUGAGGGGCGGGAUCCUCAAAGGCUUUUUAUUACUUUUAAAGGCAAGUUUUAGCUGAAGAAAAGCCGGCUUUUAAAAGUAAAAAAAAAACCCUCUGCUGAUGGUGUGGCUCAGCAGAGGCAGGGGGGGCGGGGCCAGGGAUUUUUGCUACCGGUCCUCCGAACCAGCCACCGCCAUCGUUACCAGAUCGCGUGAGCCGGUCCGAACCGGGAGCAUUUCACCCCUGGUGUGAGCAUACACCUGCUCCCUUGGAGUCCUGCUAAUUUGACAUUAUUUUUGUGACAGCGUUGAGCCAAUACUAAAACUUUGAUUUUCUCAUUAUCUUUUGAACCAAAAAGGUCCACCUGCUUCUCAUUCCUGCUUCUGAAAUGGACAUAUUGUUUUUUGCUUAAUGAAGGGCCAGAAUCACUCCUGCUUGAAUAGGAGAGAAGUCCGACGCUCUGCAUCAAUGGAGGAGGAAACCAAGAAGGGUCAAAUGCAAAAGGCUUGCAAGAGUUACUUUGUGGGUGCUGCCUCCAACUAUCUCUCCACCCUGGCAACCUUCCCCAUUUACAAGACCAUCUUCCGCCAGCAACUGCAUGCCUUCUCCAGCAUUGAAGCAGUGUGCCAGCUGUACCAUGAAGGCUUCCCCCAAAUCUAUCGCGGCGUCUUUCCACCACUCAUGUACAAAACGCUGCAAGGAAUGUUGAUGUUUGGCACCUAUGACAAUGUCUACGAUUUCCUCUUGGCUCAGCCCUUGGGGUCCUGGCCCCGGAGAGCCAUAGCCGGAUUUUUUUCUGGCUGCUUGGAAGCCUUGGUUUUCUGUCCCUUCGAGAGGGUGCAGAAUGUGCUCCAGGAUGGGAGGAAGGUCCAGAGGUUCCCCACCACAGGUCACAUACUGACCACCUUCCAUUCCUACCCUCUCAGCAAGCGCUUCAGCCUGGGCUUCUACCGAGGCCUCAGGCUCAUCCUGAUCCGCAAUGGCCUGGGGUCCUCCCUCUAUUUUGCCUUGGAAGAGCCCCUCCGUAGCAGCCUCUCCACUCACAGCUUCCUUGCUGCAAUCCCAGCCUUUCUGUCGGGUGGUAUUAUUGGCUCUUUGGUGUCCCUGCUGCUCUACCCUCUUGGCAUUCUCAUUGUCAAUGUGCAGUCCCAAGUGGGAAGGCAGGAAACCCUCGGCCUCUUGGCCACGAUGACUGAGGUCUGGCAGGCCCGGGGAAGGCAAGCCUGGCUGCUGUACAAGGGCGGAUCUCUUAUCAUUCUCCGCUCAAGCCUCACCUGGGGAAUCCAGAAUGCGAUUCACCGGUACUUAUCCACGUCACAAGCUAAGAACUAGUUGUGAAGGGGUGGGAGGAGGGCCUUCAUUGUCCUUGCAAACAUGGUGUAAAUGGAGAAAGUGACAACCAGAAGGAAAGGAGAAUUGCCUCACACGUGGGAAUCGAACAGUAUCAGGCUGAGGAGAGAGAAGCGCAGAGCAAACUCAGAAUUGGGGAAUUUGGUUGACUUGGAGACUUUGUAGAAAUCUGAAGGUUGCAAAAACAUCUGGACUAACUUGAUUUCAUCGGAGCUCCAGAAAGCUCUGCUUCGCUCUCAGCUGGAUCAGUGGGCCAGCUUAAAACAUCUUUUACUUUCC